CGCUAAUGAAUUGCAAUUCGGCCCUCUACCGAAAACGGAAGAUCACCACCGGAAGAUCCGACCGGUUCUGACUCGUCUUGGAAGACAGCGAAAAAAAAACAAGCGGCAGAGUCGACGACGAGGAUGAUAAGGCGGGAAUCUUUAACAUUCGGACGGAAUUGAAGCAAAAACCGUUACGAACAUGCCUGGUUUGCUGACGUUGCACGCGAGACCGGUGGGCCCGGCGGUGGUGGCGGCGGAUCGCUCAGAGGAGCCCUCGCCGCGGAAGAACCGUCUCUCGCUCAAGUUCUCUCGGAGACGGGAGGCGGCGCCGACGUCGUCUCAGGGCGGCGAGGAGGAGGCGGGCGCUGCCGUGGCACGGUCUACACAGGAGGCAGACUCCGCGUCGGAGUGCGCCAGCGACAUCGCAGCCUUCAACGAGGUUUGUGAUGCUGUUGCACGAGGUGCGGAAGCUCCUCCAGCCCUGCCCUUCGUAGGCCUCGGCAACCUGGGCAACACCUGCUACCUAAACAGCGUGCUGCAGGUGCUGUAUCAUUUGCCCGAAUUCCGGGUUGGCCUCAAACGACUGAACAAGCUAUCCGAGCAUGAGUUCAAGACCGAGGAAAAGGCCGAGGCGGUGGCGCCCCUCGACGUGUCUCUCCUUCGCAGCCUGUCUCGCCUCAUGGAGAAGAUGUCUGUGCUACACCAAGAAUCACUCGCGCUCGCACCCUACGAGAAUCCCGUAACUCACCCCUCCGAGCUGCUCGACAUCCUGCGGGAUCUGAAUCCCAUGUACUUAGGAUACCUCCAGCACGAUGCCCAGGAGCUGCUGCGCUGUCUGCUCGGGCACGUACAAGAUGCCUGUGCCUCCCUCCUCAAGGACCAUGGCCCAGCCCCGAGAGUUGCAGGAGCAGCAGCAGAAGGCAACGCCGCCAGUAGUAGCAGUGAUGACGAAAAUAACGGCAAUGACGACGACGACUAUGACAAAAAACGACCUAUCAGGGCGACCUCGAACAAGUUGGCAACAAUUAAAGAGGAGAGUGAUGCGAGGAAAGCUGACGAGGAAGAUGAUGAUAAUGGUGGUGGUGGUGAGAAGGAGGGUGCCGACGAUGAUGGUUUCCUGGCAGAGGGUUCGGACGAGGAGGGGAUUGAGGGCAGAGCAGGCAAGCGAAAGAAGUCAACGGCGCUGGGAGGAAACGCGCGCAAGAAGCUGCGCAACUUGAGGAAGACACGCGCUGGCGCUCAGGCCGAGGGCGAGCGGGCGAGCACCGAGGACGACUCCGUGUCCGAGAAAACGCAAGGCCGCUGCUCGCCACCCAAGCCCAGCAAGCGCCGGCGGCUGGGCGCCUCCCGGCGCGUCCCUGCUCCGUCCAUGCUGCACAGCCAGCCCUCCAUCCUCUCCAAGUUCCGCGCCAUCGGCAAGAUCGUGAGUGGGCUCACCUUCCGGCAGAGCGACCGCAAAAGCAGCGGCAGCGGUAGCAGCAGCGGUGACGACCAGUACUCCAGCACGGAAGCCAGUUCCGCGAGCGGAGCUCAUGCUCCCCCUGGUUCGGAGAACAACGGGAACGGAGAUCAUUCCGACGGGAUCGACGUAAAGGCUUCCCGGAGAGCUGGGGGUGUCGCGCAGAAUGGCAAGGAGUUGGGGUGUCGGGAUAACGGAAACGGAAGCUCAGACGUGAAUUCGCUCUCAGCAGACAAGUGCUGUCAUCCUCUCUCCCACGAUGAAGGCUCUCCACGCACACUCUUGCCUUCUGUGGAAACAGGCCGGCACGAAGGCUGCGUGGUGGGCGACCUCUUCCAGGGGGAGCUUGUGCUGCGCACGCGCUGCCUGGAGUGCGAGUGCGGCUCGGAGCGCACCGAGAGCUUCCUCGACGUCUCGCUGCCCGUGCAGGAUGAGCACGAGGAGGAGUUGGAGGAGCAAGAGGGUGCCGACGGCUGCCUGCUCAAUGCUGACAGUGACGUACUCGGCGUGUCGCCGGAGCCCAAGGCCGGCCGCAAGUCGGUGCAGUGGGCGCUGGCUCAGUUUGCGCGUGCCGAGCGGCUCGUGGGGCGAGACAAGUACUUCUGCGAGACGUGCUUGCACCACGCGGAGGCGGAGCGCACCCUGCGCUUCGGGCGGCUCCCCCGCAUCCUCACGCUUCACCUCAAGAGGUUCUCCGCCAUCGGCCUGUGCCCGGUGGUUGGCGCCACCAAGGUGACGGCCCCGGUGCUCACCCCGCGCUGCCUCUCCGUAUCCGAGUGGCUCGUGGGGGGCCCCCGGUCUCGCCUCCGGGCCCCGCUGUACCGCCUAACAGCGUUCAUCACCCACAGCGGGAGCUCGGCCGGUGCGGGUCACUACACGGCGUACGUGCGCGUGGGCUCGCCACGUCUACUUGGCCGCGGCGGUGUGGGGCCCAGGCGUGCGCUGUACAGCGCAGGUGGCCCUGAUUGUUCUCCCGGUCGCGAUUGUUACAACAGCGGCGAGGGCGGCGGUAUUGAGGGUGGUGGCGAGCGAGAUGGCGUGAAGACGGCCGCUUCGCUGGCGGACAAAUGUCGCCCUGUUACAUCGGUAAAGCCUGGACCCAAAAACGGCUCCGGGAUGAGCGAGGGGAGCAGGAGGAACGCUUCCCUGUGCGCCGCCAAUGGCGCUGGACGCGGAGGACAGCGUGAGGACGGGCGGCGCCGCCGUGACAGUCUCACAACCCAACAGACUGCAGCCGUGAAGGCGGCAACGGUGGGGGGACAAAACGGAGGUGGCCAUAAAGAAAUCGCGCCGAGGAUGGCGCAAGCGAAAUUACCGCCAGCAGACAGGCUGGGAGCGUGUGGGAGGGAGCGGCUCGGAGAAGAGAACCACGGGCACGAGCGCAAACCUCCCUUGCCCGGCGCCGGCCCGCUGCUCGAUAAGAAGAAGAAUUUCGGCAGGUCGGCGCGAACCGUGGAUUUCACCGAAGUUCAGAGUGCGGCAGCAGCGGCGGCGGCGGCAACGGCGAACAGUGCCAGCGAUCGGCGGUGGGGAGAGGACGGUGCUGAUGUUGAUGACGGCGUUGUUGGUGCAAUGGCGGGCGAGUGGGAGGGUCGCUGGCUGCGCUUUGAUGACGCUGAGGUGAAUGCUGUGAGCGAGGGAGAGAUGGCAUCGCUGCUGAUGCCCCUGGACAAUGCUAGCGCCACCCCCUACCUCCUCUUCUACCGCCUCAGCAGUGAGGAGGAUGAGGAGGAGAAGUGGGAGGAAGAGGAGACACGGUAGUUUGCGCUGCCCAGGGACCUUUGAUUUCUCAUUGAUUAUUUUCAGUAGCGUACUGGGUUGCGCACGAGAGAGUGGCCGCAGUCAGCUUCCUGCAGCAAGAACAACAACCCAGGAAACUGAUGUUACAUGGGACCGGACUUCAUUAGCCUCAUGUACAACGAGCUGCAACACAUUUUUAUUAAAAGCGAGGCUGCGCUGAAAGUGUUUUAGGAGGAGCUAUACUGCGGUGUUGAACUGCUGUAUAAAAGGUAAUUUUUACACUCGUCCAACAGAUAAGCGUGUAAAGAUGUAUUCCUUUCUUUGCCACCUGGUCAUUAAAUCCAAUAUCCAGUUCUUUGUUUUACCGAAUUAAACAACAUGUUAUUUUUUUAUUUUUUCCCCCCAAUGCUAUCGGGGUGAUGUUAUGAGACAAUUAUUUGCAGUGUUUUUGUUAAACACCAGCCCACGGUAGCGGAUAUUACAACACCACAUCUUGAAGAUUCCUUCAAGUGACCUCUGGACAACAUCGUAACGGGCGGCACUCUCCCACUCACUCUGCUACUGAGAGUAAUGUUCGUUGCGUGAUGAUCAGACUCAAUAUUGUAAUUCCCAGUCACCUCAGUUUGAUUCCCAGUUAUGGGUAACAUUAGAACUAGUCCUGAUCCCCUCUCCCCUUCAACCUGAAUGUCCAGAGUGGUGAAAUAUGAUCAACAACCCCCUCCCCCCAUGGCUCACAGAAUGGGGAGGCCAUCAUUUUGCCCUUCAUCCUGCAGUGGUUUGACGAGCUGUACAUAUAUUGUACAUACAAACAUAGAUGUACAUCUUUUUUAUAUAUAUGAUUGUUCUCUCAACUUCAUGCAUAUGCCAACAUCAUGAGUCAUUGUCGAUCCACUGCUGGAUGAACGGCUUCCCCAGCUGUUGCCAUUCCUCACUCUUGCUAUGAUACAACGCUGCAGCUCGCUACUCUGCACGAGUCGAUCAUCACUCCAUCUCUGUUGGUGACGUCCUCUUGGAUGUGUUAACUCCUUUGUCCCGCCAGUUCAUUGUGAGGGCCAUCACAUGUGUUUUUUGUUAUUAUAAUUACUGUUUGGUGAAUCGAUGCUUCACCUCUGCUGUUGUUGGACGAAGGUGACGAGAUACUAACUAGGUCGCCUGUUAUAAAGGAGUUUGUUGGUUCGAUGCCGA